AUGCCUUCUGGCACAGCCGUGCACUUUGGCGGCGGCAACAUUGGCCGUGGCUUUAUUGCCGAGUUGAUGCACGAGUCUGGCUAUGCCGUCGUCUUUGUUGAUGUCGUCGACGACCUGAUCAACCGCAUCAAUGCCUCCAAGUCGUACAAGAUCACCGAAGUUGGCCCAGAGGGCGAAAAGAGCAAGACUAUCACGAACUACAAGGCACUCAACUCCAAGACAGACAUGGAUGAGGUGGUCAAGACCAUUGCCGACGCCGAGGUAGUGACCUGCGCUGUCGGCCCUAACGUGCUCAAAUUCAUCGCCAAGCCCAUUGCGGAGGGUAUCAUGGCGCGCACCAAGUCAAAGCCGCUGGCAGUCAUUGCUUGUGAGAACAUGAUUAAUGCCACUGAUGCCCUCAAGGAGCAGAUCGUCGACCCCAAGAACAUGAAGCCCGACUUCCUCCCCAAGCUCCCCGAAAAGGCCGAGUUUGGCAAUUCAGCCAUUGACAGAAUCGUCCCCACGCAACCCCCGGAUGCCAAUCUCGACGUUGUCAUCGAGAGCUUCUUCGAAUGGUGUGUCGAGACUACGGGUUUCAAGUCCGGUCAUCCCGAAAUCAAGGGUAUCCACUGGGUUAAUGACCUGGAACCGUACAUUGAACGCAAGCUCUUCACCGUCAACACCAGCCACGCAACUGCUGCUUACUUCGGCUACUACAAGGGCUUGAAGACCAUUCACGAAGCUAUGGCCGAUCCUGAAAUCAGACAAGCAGUCCACGAAGCGCUCGACGAGACUGCUCAACUCAUCAGUGGCAAGCACGACAUCACCCCUGAGGAGCAACAAGAGUACGUCGAGACCAUUGUCUCUCGCAUCUCCAAUCCUCAUCUCGAGGAUGUUCCUGUACGUGUCGGCCGUGCACCUCUCCGCAAGCUUGGUCGCAAGGAACGGUUCAUUGGGCCUGCUGCACAACUUGCCGAACGUGGCUACGAAGUGAAGGCUUUGCUCCGUGGCGUUGAGAUGGCUCUUCGCUUCCAAAACGUCGAGGGUGAUGAUGAGAGCUUUGAGCUAGCCAAGAUCCUGAGUUCCAUGUCCGCUGAGGAUGCCACCACCAAGCUCACCGGUCUCGAGAAGGAUCAUCCUCUCUACCCCAAGGUCGUGGAGAAGGUCAAGCUCGUCCAGAAUGAGAAGAAAUAA